ACAAGCAAAGUAAUCCUAUAAGAAAAAUUAUAAGUCUAUUACUACUUAUAACGUUCUUGUUAUGGUAUUGCGGUAGACUCUAUGACUUAUAACAGCAUUUGCCAAGCCUAAACAUACUCAAGCGCAUUAGAUUUUAUAUCUCGGUCUUAUAGUCCGCUACAAGACUGACCUCUAAAACAUUUAUAAGACACUUUUACUAGUAGCAGCAUUUCACAAGCAUAGAUAUGCUCAAGAGUAAUUGUUUUUAUAUAUCAGUCUUAUAGUUAACUACAAGAUUAUCUUUUAGGACACUUAUAGGACUAAACAAUCCUGAAUAAUAUUUUGAUCCUAUACUAGCAUUUUGUGAGAGAAAACGAUAUUAUAACAUCCUUAGCUGAGACCACUACAAGUUUGUGCCGUCAUAGUCUUGCUCAAGACUUUUAUUAGCCUUAGAACUUAAUAAGAGCGCUAUAAGUUAAAAAAAACUUAUAAACUUGUAGAUCAAACACUUUAUUAGUAAACGUCAGCCAUUUUGUAACAUUCAGUUGUACCCGUCCAUUGUGAGAAUUCAGUUUAAUAUGAACUUAAAUGAUUGGAAACGAUUGAAAAGAAGUGGUGGUUACAGGAGAAAGGUAAAAAAUAGGUAUAAAGAAUUAAUUAUGUCAGGGUCUUCAGAAAUAAAAUCAAGUGCGUUAGGCGGAAUAAUUGAGGGUUCCGUGAGCAGAAAUAUUUUUCCACGUCUUCCCCACGACUCAGAAAGUGAAGAAGUUCAGAACAGCGAAGAAGAAUAUAUCGAAGAGACCACUGACUAUGACAAUAAUCAUGAAUUUCUGAAAGACAUGCAAAGCUGGGCUAUAAAAUUUAAUAUACCUCACCUGGCCCUAAACGAACUCUUUACUUUUUUGAACAAAAGAUUAGGUAAUGUUUUACCCAAAGAUGCUCGUACUUUACUUCAUACAAACAAAGAAACGGUGCAUAUUACAACCUCAGAUCCAGGACAGUAUUGGCAUAACGGAUUGAUUAAAUGCCUAAAAAAUACACUGCAGGGGCUGGAUUUGAAUACUUUACGAAAUACGAUUUCGUUAAAUGUAAACAUAGAUGGGUUGCCUGUAUACAAAAGUUCAAGACAUCAACUCUGGCCUAUUUUGUGUAACAUCUUUGAAAUUCCCCACAUACCUCCCUUUGUGAUUGGAAUUUAUGCGGGUGAAGGAAAACCAUCUGAUCUAAAUGCUUAUUUAGAGUCUUUUGUGAAAGAAAUGAACGAACUUGAAGAAUAUGGAUUAGAUACAUCGUUGGCGCCAAAUGAAUCUAAAAUCAAAGUCAAAUUAAGAGCCUUCAUUUGUGAUUCACCAGCAAGAGCCUUGAUUAAAGGUGUCACAAAUUUUAAUGGAAAGCAUGGCUGUCUGAAAUGUACGGUGAUUGGCGAAUACUCACAUAAAUCAAAUACUGUAACAUUUCCUAAGUCCAAUUGUCCUAAAAGAAACGAUAAAGAUUUUCGUGCUAAAAAAUAUGAAGAACACCAUAAGCAUGAUUCUCCGUUAUUGAAACUAAACAUAGAUAUGAUAGAGGAUUUUCCUGUGGCAGACUCAUUACACCUAAUAGACCUUGGCUUGAUGAAGCGGUUGUUGAUUGGAUGGCGUGACGGAAAGUUGGGAAAAUACCUAACCAAAUGGAGUGCUCGUGAAAUUGAUAUUGUCAAUAGCUUUUUACUGAAUUGUCAAAUGCCCAAAGAAAUUCACAGAUCAAUGAGAUCUGUAGAUGUUUUGGCCCAUUGGAAAGGUUCCGAAUACCGCUCUUUUUUUUAUUAUCUAAGCGUUAUAAUUUUAAAUCACGUGCUCAAACCAGAACCAUUUUAUCAUUUUUUAAACUUGUUUUGCGCCAUAACGAUUUGCUCAAAUGAAAAGCAUUUGCCACUCUUGCCAAUUGCUGAAAAAAUGUUAGAAGAUUUUACAGAAAGUUUUAAGGCCUUCUACGGGCGAGACUACAUUACUAGUAACAUACAUAAUUUAACACAUAUAGUUGACGAAGUAAGAAAAUUUGGUAUUCUGCAAACUUUUAAUGCAUAUCCUUUUGAAAAUAAAUUAUACGCUAUUAAACAAACUAUCAGACAUGGAAAACAACCAUUACAGCAAGUUGCAAGAAGAAUAAUUGAAAGGCAGUUAAUCGAAACGGAGCAUCUUAGCGAAGAAAUUGUACACUAUCCAUAUAUUAAAAAAAACCAGCGAAACGGUUUAUUAGUUUUACACCUAGAAACAUAUAUUUUAUCAUCGAAAGAUGAAGACAAGUGGUUUCUUACUGACAAAAAUCAUGUAAUAGAAUUAAAAUCCAUCAGCUUAAAAGACAACACUAAGCUUGAAAUAGAAAUCACGGGAUAUCGCAUUGUUAAUAUCCUCGACGCUUUUGAAAAACCACUAAAAUCUUCUUUUUUGAAUAUUUAUAAAUGCGAUUGUGCUCCUAUUGAAAAAUCGGAGGUAUUAUGCAAAGUUCAAAAUAUAAAAUGUAAACUAGUUAGUAUUACUUACAAUUCAGAGAUAUUUUUCUUACCAUUGUUACAUACCCUGUAAAUUUCAAGUUUAAAGAGCAAAAAAUAAAACGAUACUUUAUAACAA